CUUCGCCUCAUUAUGAAGAUAGGAUAGGAUCCUCUCGGAAGGUACUUUGGGCGAGAGCUCCCAGCAUCCCCCAGAUUACGUGCUUCACCGUAGCUAGGAGCUCCCUUAUCAGCCAGGCAUCAAUACCGUACCUACACCUACUCGGGCGUAUCUCCGGGAGGAGCCUGGUUUCCUAGCCGCAUACCGCCAAAUCCAAUACCCCAGAGUCUUGCCCACCGCGCUAACCGUCCGAGCGGAUCGACAGAGGUGUGUCAUCGGUCACCUGCUGUAAAAUUACCGUAACCCGGUUGCAUCAUCCUCAGCUGCCCUUGCCUGUGCUCCCUGGCCGUCCUCUCUUAUCCUUCUUCAACUCCAUCCUUCCCCCCGUCCUUCGAUCUUUCUCUUUCAUCUCUCCUUCCUCCAGCUUCAUCGACCCUACAUUAUUUCCAUCCCUUUCUCCAUCCUUUGUGAAUCCUAGACCCUGUCCUUCCACCUGCCCAUCAUGAAAGGCUUCCUGAGCCUUUCCCUCCUUCCGUUGCUGACGGCGGCCUCGCCCGUUGCCGUCGACUCCAUCCACAACGACGCUGCCCCUAUCCUGUCCUCAAGCAAUGCGCAGGAGGUCCCCGACUCCUACAUCGUCGUUUUCAAGAAGCAUGUCGACUCUGCCUCGGCCUCUGCUCACCACAGCUGGGUGCAGGACAUCCACGAGUCCCAGGUCGAGCGGAUUGACCUGAAGAAGCGGUCGCUCUUUGGCCUCGGAGAUGAGCUCUACCUGGGUCUCAAGAACACUUUUGACAUUGCUGGCUCCCUGGUGGGCUACUCUGGUCACUUCCACGAGGAUGUUAUCGAGCAGGUCCGGAGACAUCCCGACGUCGAGUACAUCGAGAAGGACUCCGAGGUCUUCACCAUGAGUGAGGAGCCCGAGACUGAGAAGAACGCCCCCUGGGGUUUGGCCCGUAUCUCUCACCGUGAAUCCCUCUCCUUUGGCACGUUCAACAAAUACUUGUAUGCGUCGGAGGGCGGUGAAGGUGUCGAUGCUUACACCAUUGACACUGGUAUCAAUGUCGACCACGUUGACUUCGAGGGCCGGGCCACUUGGGGCAAGACCAUCCCUACCAACGACGAGGACGCCGAUGGUAACGGCCACGGCACUCACUGCUCUGGAACCAUCGCCGGCAAGAAGUACGGUGUUGCCAAGAAGGCCAACCUCUUCGCCGUCAAGGUCCUGAGAUCCAGCGGGUCUGGUACCAUGUCCGACGUUGUCCAGGGUGUCGAAUGGGCUGUUCAGUCCCACCUCAAGCGGGCCAAGGAGGCCAAGGACGGUAAGGUCAAGGGCUUCAAGGGCAGCGUUGCCAACAUGAGCCUUGGUGGUGGAAAGUCGAAGACUCUCGAGGAUGCCGUCAACGCUGGUGUUGAGGCUGGUUUGCACUUCGCCGUUGCCGCUGGCAAUGACAAUGCUGACGCCUGCAACUACUCCCCGGCUGCCGCCGAGAAUGCCGUGACUGUUGCCGCCUCGACGCUCCAGGAUGAACGUGCCUACUUCUCCAACUACGGAAAGUGCACUGACAUCUUUGCUCCCGGUCUUAACAUUCUCUCCACCUGGAUUGGCAGCAACCACGCCGUCAACACCAUUUCCGGCACUUCGAUGGCCUCGCCCCACAUCGCGGGUCUUCUGGCCUACUUCGUCUCUCUCCAGCCUUCCAAGGACUCUGCCUUCGCUGUUGACGAGCUCACCCCUGCCAAGCUCAAGAAGGACAUCAUCUCCAUCGCCACCGAGGGCACUCUUACCGAUGUUCCCUCCGACACCCCCAACCUCCUUGCCUGGAACGGCGGUGGCUCUUCCAACUACUCCAAGAUCGUUGCCGAUGGUGGCCACAAGGCCUCCAGCGUCAAGGACCGCUUUGACGGCCUGGUCGACAAGGCCGAAAAGCUUCUCAGCGAAGAGCUCGGUGCUAUCUACAGUGAGAUCCAGGAUGCAGUUGUUGCUUAGAUUUGGAGAUAAUCUCUACAACGGGCAUAGUCUCGCCCAUGAUAAGGCAAAGGAAUUGGUUGAUCGAAUACACUGGCGCUGGUCCUUUUUGAAUUGUUUUUGUGUUAUCUGUCUGAAUUCUGGAGGUGCCCGAUGCAUUGACUGCAUUGGUUGUGUCAUCCUAACCAUUGAUCACCCACCUACCUACCGCUCUCUGUUUUUUUUU